AAUUUCUUUUUGGGUAUAGAUAAGUCGAGGAGUUCCGUCAUCAAUUGCUUCACCUGAUAAACAAAAUCGAUUGAUUGAGAAUCGUUUGUCAACGGCUUGCAUUUUGAAUGGGAUUGGAAUUUAAUUUAGUUUAAUACCAGCUUCCGAGAGAAGCGUGUCUAUAACGGAAAUGGCGAAUAUUCGCGCGUUUUAUAUUAUAUUUAUUGUGAUCAGCAUUAAGUUGUGUCAAGCCAAUUUGGACUUAUUUGACUUUGAGCAUGUCAAAAAUGAUUUAUUUUCAGGAAAUUAUUUUAAUAUUACGAAUAAAGCAAGUGCUUUUGAUGACCAACAAUCGAUAGAAAGCCCAGAAAAAUGUGCGAUCGAAAUUAAUCAAAUAAAAAACGGGCUGACUGAGAAUGAAAUAUGGGCGAUGAAAAUUGUCGAUUCGUGGGGAAAGAUCCCGUCUGGAAUUUUGAAUGGAAAUUUUUAUGAGUUUGGAGCAUUUUCUGAAUGCUUAAAUAUCGAUCGCUAUGGCGAUCCAUAUAAGACGAAAUACUGUUUGGGACAUUUAUUCUUUAAUUCGAGCGAAAUUUCACGGUCGAAAUCGUAUCAGUCAAAAGUACAUCAUGUUAUCUUGCAAGCGGUCGAUGAACCAAAAAUUACUCCUCGUAUGGCACUGCCAACGCCUGACGCUUCAUUGGGACCGACUAUUACGUUUGGGAUUUGUUUGCCUGUGCCAUGCUCGCUAGAUCUAUUGGAACCACUCAUCAAUGAACUUAUUCAUGAGAAAGUUCAGAACAUUUCGGUGCAACUCAACCGAAACUCCGUUCAAUUUCAAGAGAAUGAUUUCGAAUUGAAAACCAUCGACAUCGUAACAAUUGCUUUAUUAGGAACAGUUUUAUGUCUGAUUAUACUGAGCACCAUCUACGACAUUUUAUACACCAUAAAUAAUCGCGAAAAAUCUCAAGCACUGCUGGCGUUCUCCUUCUACACCAAUGGAAUGAAAUUGUUUUCCUAUAAAAAGACCAAGUCACCGGACAUGAUGCAUUGUGUGCACGGAAUCCGUGCCAUAUCAACACAAUGGGUUGUACUUGGUCACACGUAUCUCAUGUAUUUACUGCUACCCAUUCGAAAUAUGGCCGAUUACCCAUCGUUUUUGGCCAAAUACAAAAACAUGUUUAUUGUUUCGGCGCCUAUCUCGGUUGACACUUUUUUCGUGCUUAGCGGUCUGUUGGUAUCAAUCAAUAUGCUAAAACAUCUGGAAAAAACAAACGGAAGAAUAAAUGUUCCACUCUUGUAUUUCCAUCGAUAUUUGAGACUCACACCACUUUUGGGUAUAUCAUUUCUUGUGUCAAUGUCACUUGUUCGAUUCCUGGGCAACGGACCUCUGUGGCCGGAUUUGAUGGACUUUUUGGGCUCGAAAUGCGAACGAAAUUGGUGGUCGACUUUACUCUAUGUGCAAAAUUACGCCAAUCCUCGCGAUAUUUGUUUCGGCCAUUCGUGGUAUCUGUCCGUCGAUAUGCAACUGUUUUUCAUAUCGCCAGCCAUCGUCUACUUGAUGUAUCGGUUCAGAAGAAAUUCAUUGUAUGUCUUAUCAUUUCUGGUCUUAUGUUGUGUCGGCGCCACAAUUUAUGUGCACAUACAAUAUGACCUAAGUAGUUUUCUCAAGAAAGAGAAAAUGGCAAAAGCCUAUUAUCCCACACACAUUCGAUGUUCACCAUGGUUGAUGGGUGUUAUGGCUGGAUACGGCUUUGUUGAGGCCAGAAAAAGAUCAAUUCGUAUUCCAAAGACACUCAACUUCUUCGCUUGGACGGUUUCGUUGGCGUUAAUGGCGGGUGUAAUCUUCACCAAUUACCCUCUUGUACAGGUUGAUUCAACGGCCAACUCUCUCGAUUACGGUUUAUAUGAUGCAUUAAGUCGAGUUGCAUGGUCCAUUGCCUUAAUUUUCAUCAUUUUUUCAUGCGUACACAAUUCUGGUGGCCCAGUCAAUUGGUUCUUAUCGCAUCCACUGUGGCAACCGAUUUCAAGGCUUUGUUAUUCAAUUUAUUUGCUGCAUUUUCCGUGUGUCAUGGUUGUAAUGUCAUCAAUGAAGGCUUCCCCCUAUUUCAGUGAACUGAUUGCCUUCCACGCUUUCAUCGGAAAUUACAUGCUAACCGUUUUCGUUGCCGCAAUCGCAACGUUAGCGUUCGAAUCACCAAUUAUAAUAAUUGAGAAGCUUAUUUUCGAUCAAAAAAAGAAACCCGAAACGAAUGCUCGGAAUGAAGCGAACGAAAUUCAAAUAAUCAAAAUACGCAUGUAGCUGUAGUUGUUUUCAUUUGUAGAUUAAAGCAAAACAUUAGAAUGAAAGAAUUUGUCUGUUUAUUGUUUUCACACCGCUCAAAGUCAAAUAAAACCCUACAACGUCAAUC